GCCGCCGUGGAAAACUUCCUUUAUUGAUCGCGUUGCAAAGGUUUUUCAGUGAUUAAAAACAAUCAUGAGUGGCUUGGUGAAACCAAAGCAAUAUGACUGGAAAGAUUCUAACCUUGCCAUGUUUGGUAGCGACGAAGAGAAAAAGUUAAAAAAAUCUGCUGCCAUGAAAGAGCCGGCAUGGACAGGAUGUGAAAAUUUCGAAGGUACAAAAAUCUGGAGGAUUGAAAAGUUUAAGGUCAAAGACUGGCCAAAGUCAGAAUAUGGAAAAUUUUUCGACGGUGAUUCUUACAUAAUUCUUCACAGUGAAAAGGAUCCAGACUCAAAUGAGUUAGACUUCGAUGUUCAUUUCUGGAUUGGCGGUUCCUCCACCCAAGAUGAAUAUGGGGCUGCAGCUUACAAAACUUUAGAGCUGGACACAUAUCUGGAUGACAAAGCUGUUCAGCAUCGUGAAGUUGGUGGUAAAGAGUCAGAAGAAUUUCUUGAUUAUUUUGGUGGAAAAAUCACCAUUGAGGAGGGCGGAAUUGAUUCCGGAUUUAACCAUGUAGUGCCAAGCGAAGAAAGACUACCUUUCACGAGGAACCUUUUGAAACAUUUUAAGAAAAUACCAAACAAGGAAGGGAAGAUGGAGUAUCACGCGGUGGAUAUGCCAUACACUCAAAAGAAUCUGUGUUGUGAUGAUGGGUAUGUGGUGAUCUUCUCAGAAGACAAAAUGUAUCAGGUCAAGGGCAAAAAUGCCAAAAUUGAUUCCAUUUGCCCAUUCAAUGAGUGGAUGUCUGUUCAAAAGCAUGAGCAUCCAAGAGCUAAGCUACAAGUUUAUGAGAGUCUGAACGAGCUUUUUGGCACUGAAGUUUACAAGAAUGCUCCAGCCGAUUUUGUGGUGAAGUUGAUCAGAGUCCUCACCGAUAAAAGUAAAGCAGAGUUUCGAGUUGUGGCUGAGGGAAUCGAAAAUAUCAGUGAAGAUUUACUGGACAGCGAUGAUGUAUUUCUGCUUGAGGCACCUGAUCGUUUGUUUGUGUGGAUUGGGAAAAAUGCCAGUUCUCGCGAAAAACAAAAUGCUCUUUCUUAUGCACAAAACUAUCUGAAAGAACAAGGCCAGGAACCAUGUUGUGGAGUUUCGUGUAUGCGAGAAAAGGACGGCAAAUACCCUGCACUGUGGAAAAGGAUCAUCACUAAACAAAAUACUGCCGAAAAGCGAGAAAAAAGAGGAGCAGUUGGCAGACGUAAUCAUCAUUUGUAGGAUGCACUUUCUAUUGAGGAGGUCAACCAGUUACGAUAAUUUUUCGUAACAAUUUGGUUUAAUUAUCACGUUUAUGGGGAUAAUGACACUUCAAAGCGCAAGUCUUAGAUAGAGAGAAAGUUUAGGAUAGCACCAGGAAACUGUUUUUAUUAUGCUUCAGUGGCUUAGAUUAGCCCUUAUAGCUACAGUUCCCUUUUUGAGGGAACCAUUGCUUUUUUGUAGAUUCCAGUUGUCCAGGGAGGGACUUGCCGGAAAACAAAGAGCUUAUAGAAUGUUGCCAAGAAAAAUUUUUAAGUCUGUUUGCCGUUGAAUCAUGGAAAUGAAUGCUUCUUUACUCUUAGUGGCUGUCUUUUAUUUUCUCUGGCUAAUCAGAAAGUUAUAAAGUUUCAACGCUAAACACCCACCUAAUCUUCUUAACGAUAUGCUCAAAUUCGUCCCGAAUUGGAAAGACUCGCCGCCCCUUGAACCCAAUUCCCCUCGGCCAAGUGGUCAGCAAGUUAUUUCACCGAUCGACGAACGAUCAUCCUACAGAUUUCAUCUACAAAAUCGAAGUACCGGUUUCCCUGUUACCCGCAGAUCACUUUAAAGCCAGUAAUUAAAUCUUUUUGCACACGUGU